AGCACGAAAGAAGAGUUGGACUCUGUGGAACUUCAUAAGGGUUUUAUUUUUGAGUGUUUUGGGUUUUUUUUUUCUGUUCACGGGUGGAUGUUCUGUUUAAACUCACAAUAUUUACCGGCGGUGUUUUGUUUUCUAUGACGGUCAUUAAAGGGUUUACUUUAUUUCAUAUAUAACUUCAGUUUAGACGCGAGGUUUGGACUCGCUGUUAGUAACGUUUUUUGUUGUUUUAUGGAAGGAAGUGACCUUUAAUAAAAGAAGACAUUUUUUUACAAUAAUAAUAAUAAUGAGCGGGGGUAAGAAAAGAAGUGGUUUCCAGAUCACCAGCGUCACCUCUGAGUUUGAGCAGAGGAAGGGCGAGUUGACAGGGGGUGGCCCCUUGUCCCCUGAAUCCAUGGGACCCACUAUGCUCUUAACCCCGCAACUGGAGACUAAGAGCCUGUUCAGCAACUACUCUGGAGGCCAGGCCUCUGGCAGCCUCUCUGCCUGCCCUGUUGCCCCGGCAACGGCGGACCCCUCCAUAGAAACCGACGUGACCGGCUCCCCUCAGAACCGAGGCGCCCCCUUGAGAACCGACCGAGACGGGCCUGGUAACUUAGGACAGGCCGAGGACUCGGCCGCGGGCCUGAAAAGGCAGGCCUCGCACCCCGCUGCAGGGGGAGAUGGACUUUCACAAACAAAAAAUAACGAUCAGCUGGCAGCCAGUGGUUCUAGCGGCUCGGCAGCGCCGUCGUUGCUGUGCCCCCGGUUUGCUGGGAAAACGCCGCCCUGCUUCUCCGCCCCAAGCACCCCGACCCAAGCCAGGAGAGGACAGCCCACUUUCCCAACGGCUGCAACUGAAUCAGCAGGGGCUAGCACUCCCUCCUCGCCGUCCGGGGUGCUCCUGUCGCCGCUGGCCGCCUUGCCUCUUACCUCGCCCACGAGUUGUCGUUUCCGACUAGUCAAGCUGGACCAGGGGCUGAGGGAGCCCUAUAGGCGCGGCCGGUGGACCUGCGUGGAUUUCUAUGAUCGCGACUCUGAGAACCGGGCGGUUAUCAAGAUCCUUGACAGCAUGCGGCACGCACACUCGCUGGAGUCUUUGGAAGGGCUGGGCUUGGCGAGCAGCGCGGCCGACAGCAGCCGCAGCCGCAAGGCUCUGUUCACGACACCGACACAGAACCGGCACCACCUUGUUCACUCCCAGGGCACGACGCACAUGCUGGCCCAGAGCCCGGCGGCACCGCCCAGCUGCUCCGAUGCCCGCAACAGGCAGCAGCAACAGCAGUCGCCCGCUGGGACGGAGUCUCCCAGAGCGGCCGUUUCAAAAGCGCACCCCCCGACCCCUUCAGGGGCGCCCCAAAACACCACCCCCCCUCGUUCCCCGAAGGAAGCCGCCGGCCCGCCCACCUGCCUCCGGUCUCCCGUCUCGCACUCCUCGGCCGGGUGGGAGCUGAUCAGUUCGACGGAUUCUAAAAACGUCGAUCUGGCGGAACGAAGUAGGAAGAGCGCCGGGCCGGACUGCAGUUCUCGGAGUGGCUCGCCGGCGCCCCCUCUGGUCGGCGCUGGAAGUCCAGACAGGAGGUCACUGGAGUACAGGAUCCACAGCCCAGCUUGCUUCAGCUUCGCUCAGUCCGUGUUUGGUGUGGGGACCAGUUUCGACUUUGAUGGCGAGUGUGGUUCCGGUAGCAGCACGGUUGCCAUUGACAACAAGAUCGAGCAAGCCAUGGACCUUGUUAAGAGUCACUUGAUGUUCGCGGUUCGUGAGGAAGUGGAGGUGCUGAAGGAGCAGAUCAAGGACCUGGCAGAGAGGAACUCUGUCCUGGAGAGAGAGAACAGCCUGCUGAGAGCCAUCGCCUCCCCAGAGCAACUGAGCCUGAUCCAGGGAGAGAGAGGAGAGAGAGGGGAGAGAGGGGAGAGAGGAGCCACCAUCGCCUCCCCAGAGCAGCUGAGAGCAGAGAGAGGAGAGAGAGGGGAGAGAGGGGAGAGGGGAGCCACCAUCGCCUCCCCAGAGCAGCUGAGAGCAGAGAGAGGAGAGAGAGGGGAGAGA